AUCAAUCUUUAAACGUUUUUGAUAUUGAGCAAUUAUUUAAUUUAAUAUACAAAUUCUUCUCAUUUUUCGGUCAAUUGAUUACAUUCUUACUCUCUUUCUGUCUGUACACGAAUUUAUUGUAUAAAAUGUUGUUGCAUCUCUUUUAUGUUCCAUAUACACUAUACGAUAUGUUAGUAACCGAUCACAUUAUGUAAUCAAUGAUAAUUCUGCACGUGAAUCUGUUCGUAUAUAUACAUAUAUGUUUAAAUGUGCGUUGUCAAUUUGUUGUCAAUCGCCUUUUAAACUUAAUAAUAUAAUAUUCAAUUAACUAUGACUGAAAUCGAGAAAUUGUCAUUUAAAAUUUUUAAUAGAAUAAAUCAAAUUCGAUAAGCGAUUUGUUGUUUAUUUACUUCAAUUUUCUAGUUCUAGUUAGCUCUAGUUAUACCUUAUUUUUUUUUACGUAGUUUUUCUUUUAUAAAUGGUAAUUAUGUAGAUAGUACAAGCUAUUUAUCUGUUGAAAUUAAAAGUUGAAUACAAGAGCUAAGUGUCGACAAUAGAGCGAUUACGUGAAAUUCUUCGUUAUAUUCUUAAAAUCUGGAAAACUAAAACACAGUACUUAGAAUUCUUAUUAGGUAAUCAUUACUGCAAUACUCUCUUGUCAGUGUUCAACAUUAUUCUCGUGCACGCACAUGAUGUAGAUUAUUGUCAGUUACUUUGCAUAUCAUCAAACAACCGAAAUGGAAAAUACGAUAAAUUCAAUGCCAUUGUAUAAGCAAGUAUAUAAUGAAGAAAUCAUAAAAAGUCUCGAAAAUAAUUUUUCAAGAAUUAAAGAGGAAUGUUAUUUGGAUCAUGCAGGAGCAACAUUGUAUUCUGAUCUGCAAAUAGAAAAUAUUGCUGUUGAUUUACAGAAUUCACUUUAUGGUAAUCCACAUUCUAUUGGGACUGCAAGUAAUCUAACUCAAGAUAUCAUAGAGCGUAUGAGACAUCAAAUUCUGAAUCAUUUGCAUACAUCUUCUGAUGAAUACAGUAUUAUUUUCACAUCAAGUGCAACUGCAUCCUUGAAGAUAAUAGCUGAUACGUUCCUUUUUAAUGAAGAUGAAAAAAAUGUUUCAGGACACUUUGUUUAUACGCAAGAUAAUCAUACUUCAGUCCUUGGUAUGAGAGAAAUUGUUAAUAAAAAAGGGGCAAAGAUAACUUGUUUGACUCAUGAUAAUGCUUUUGAAAUCUUCAAUUCUUCAAAAUCUAUGGAUUUCUAUCCACAACAGAAUAAUUCAGUCAAAAGUAAUUCACUCUUUAUUUAUUCUGCCCAAUGUAAUUUUUCUGGAUUAAAAUAUCCCUUAACAUGGAUUAGAGAAGUACAUAAUGGAGUUUUAUCUAGUGUUGUUUUCGAUACAUUUACAAAGUGGUAUAUCUUACUUGAUGCUGCUAGUUUUGCAUCAACAAAUGACUUAGAUUUAUCUAUCUAUAAACCAGACUUUGUUUGUUUAUCUUUUUAUAAAAUGUUUGGCUACCCUACUGGAAUUGGUGCAUUAUUAGUAAAAAAUACUAGUGCAAGUACACUUCAAAAAGUUUAUUAUGGUGGUGGUACCAUAGAUGUUACUUUGAGCUCUGAGUUGUUUCACAUAAAACGAAAAAUUUUCCACCAAAGAUUUGAAGAUGGUACAGUACCAUUUCUCUCUAUAAUUUCUUUGAAAUAUGGAUUUGAUAUAUUAUCAUUUAUUACAAUGGAGAAAAUUUCAAAACAUGUAUUUUCUCUUGCAAAAUUUUUAUACAAAUCUUUAUUAAUGCUUCACCAUAGCAAUGGGAAACCAGUUGCAACAUUGUACUCUGAUACUGCUUAUGAUAAUCAAGAUAUACAAGGGGGUAUUGUUACCUUUAAUCUUAUGCGGUCCAAUGGUGAAUAUAUAGGAUACAUGGAAAUUUUACACAUGGCAGCUUUGUUCAAAAUACAUCUAAGAACUGGUUGUUUUUGCAAUCCUGGUGCAUGCCAAAGACAUUUAGCAUUAUCAAAUAAAGAAGUUCUUCAGAAUUAUGAGGCUGGAUAUGUUUGUGGAGGUUCUGCAGAUUUGAUAAAUGGAAAACCAACAGGUGCUAUUAGAGUUUCAUUCGGAUACAUGUCUACAAUCAAGGAUAUUGAAACUUUAUUAUUCAUGAUCAAAAAAUGUUUUGUCGAUGGUUCACCAAUAAACAAAAUUCCAAAUUGGUGGUUAGAUUAUAAAACUGCUUUACAUAAAAAAUAUAAUCAACAUGAUGCAAAUACAAAAGAUGUAACAAAUUAUAUUGCACGCGAUGACACAAAUGAAGUUACAAAUACAUUAGAAAAUGUAAAACCGUCAGUUUUUAGACUAAUGGAUACUAGUUCAAUUAAAGAGAAGUGUACUUUAGAACAAUUGUACAUAUAUCCAAUAAAAUCAUGUGGUGCCUACAAGAUAAUAGGUUCUUGGAAUUUAAAUUCAAAAGGUUUACAGUAUGAUAGAAAAUGGAUGAUUAUUACAUCUUCUGGUAUUUCUUUAACACAAAAGCAACAUGUUAAUCUUUGUUUGUUGAAACCAAUAAUAUUUAAAGACAAAGGAAUCAUGCAAUUACAUUAUCCAGGAAUGUCUACUAUAGAAAUUCCUUUAGAUAAUAGUUCUACAAACAUUACAAAUGAAACAAUAUGUCAAAGCAGAGUUUGUGGACAUAAAGUACAAGGUAAUGAUUGUGGUUCAGAAGUUUCUAAAUGGUUAAGUUUAGCAUUAGGUCUUCCAAAUUUGAGGCUUAUAAGACAAAAUGAUAAUGAUAACAAAAAGAAAGAAAGCAUUAAGCCUGAAUUAUCAUUUUCUAGUCAAGCUCAAUAUUUAUUAAUAAAUAAAGCAAGUGUGUUAUGGCUUAGUGAUAAAAUAUCUAAUGAAGAAGUUCAAAAAGAUACGAUCAUACAUAGGUUUAGAGGAAAUAUGAUAUUAAAUGGUUGUAAAGCCUUUGAAGAAACAGAAUGGAAACAUGUUUAUAUAGGAAAAAAUAGCUUUUUGGUAACUGGACCAUGUACUAGAUGUCAAAUGAUUUGCAUUGAUCAACUCACUGGUAAAAAGACAGUGGAACCACUACGUACACUUACAGAACAAUUUCAUGGAAAAAUGAGAUUUGGUAUUUAUUUAACUAAAGAGACUAUAGAAAAUGGAAUUAUUACUGUUGGAGAUGUCGUUCAUAUUUCAUAACUGAGUGAUUAAUAUUAUGAUCUUCAAGUAGAAAUGAAGGUAAUUCUUAUAAGGUUAUGUGGAAAUAUGAUCAGAAUUUUACAUAGAAAAAAAUAAAUAUGUUUUACAAACCAUACUGUAUUAACGAAUGCUUAGUAUUAACAUUAAUUUUUGUUAUGUUCAUCGAUUUUUAUAUAAAAAAAGAAAUUUAUUUUUUUGUUCUUAAUAUGGAUACGACGUACCGUAGUUGCCAACAUUUUAAAAAUUAUUUAAACAUUUUAUAUUACAAAAAUUAAUAUUUUCUUGCAUGCACACAUGCAUGUGGUAUGUAGAAAAUAGAGGAUAGUAAAUUUAAACAUAAUUCGUUUGAGUGUAAAAAUAUAAAAAAAUUAAAGUGUGUUUUUACAUUCAUAACCUGUUUAUAAUUUUAUGCUCAUGAUUGUUUAAGUUGAUCUUCAUUUAAAAAGAAUAAAGAUCAAUAAAAAUAUAAGAACAAUUAUUUUAAUUACUUUAUCAAAUUAAAUUAUAUUCUUCCAAAUUUUCUUUGUCAAUUUUGGUACCACUGUAAUUAUCAGCAGUUUCCGUGUCGUUAUUCUAUGCACACCUGUCAUACGUGAACGAGGUUCAGUAUAGUCCUUAAUUUUCAAUAAGGUGUUGAUUUGUACAUGUUUCCUCUCUUUAUUUUCGAUUACGAAACAGUAAAGUUCAUAACCUCGAGCUUUAUUGUAUGUCGAGUGCUUUGUUUCGAAACGCGCGAACCUUUUGAAAAUUGUAUACGUAGGCAACAGGUGUCUAAUGUCGCACAUGUCUCUUAGUUUGUAGCGAUCGUCUCGAAAUUAAUAAUCGUACAAUCGUGCGAAAGUCACAUAUUUUUCGGAGCUUGAGUCAUGAUAAAAACGGUCGAUAAAAUUUUGUAUCGAAGUGUCUGUUUUAACAAAAAUUCGCGAUAGAAGUGUCACAACCUGUUAAUCAUUAACACGCAACAAUGGAAUACGAUUAUCUCAUUAAAUUCUUAGCCUUGGGAAAUUCUGGAGUUGGCAAAACUAGUUUUCUAUAUCAAUAUACCGAUGGCACGUUCGAAUCUCGUUUUAUAUCUACCGUUGGCAUUGAUUUUAAGGAAAAACGUGUGAGAAGUGGUAAAUUUGAUGCAAUUGCUGCAAUGUCAUUAAUAUCUAGGUUCAGAAGUCUAACUACAGCCUUUUAUCGGGAUUCCAUGGGUUUCUUACUAAUUUUUGAUCUGACCAAUGAGCUGUCUUUUCUUGAAGUAAGAAAUUGGCUGGAGCAGCUUAGGACCCACGCAUAUUGCGAAGAUCCAGACAUAAUUCUCUGUGGAAACAAAUCCGAUCUCGAAGACAAACGUGUUGUUAGUGAACAUAAGGCACGGGAAUUAGCGGAGAAGCAUGGCUUGGUCUAUUUGGAAACGAGUGCAGCCACGGGCCAGAACGUGGCACGCGCCGUGGAGAUACUUUUGGACCGGGUGAUGCGCAGGAUGGAGACCAGCGUGGAUAAAUCACUGCUACCUCACCAAAGAGUGUUACGAUGCCACGAGCGCGACACAUCGCCUCCGAGUACUUCCUGCUACUGCUGACACUGUUCUUACGUGUAGCGUAGCUGAAUAACGAGCUUGCGCUUUAUUCAGCUAACAACGUGGCCCCCGACUGACUUCGCACUUGAAUCUCCACGGUCGUUUAAAUGUCACGCGAUAAUACUACUUACGCCUGUUCGUGGUAAAAUAUCUAUGAUGUACAAAUUUCGGAGCACUGAUACAAAUUCAAAAGUCGGCGUACCUCUGUUAGAUGAAUUUCCAAUCG